AUGAGGCAGUUCAGCUUUUGCGCUCUCAGGCCGCUGAGCCUGAACCUGUCGUCUUGGUUUUCCCCCAGACAGCAGCGCGUCCCGAUCACCUCGCUCCCUUCUUUUUCCUUCGUGAGAUCUUUUACGCAGUCUUCGACAAAGAAGUUUUCUGCGUCUUCUCUCAACGCAGGCUCCCACCGUUCGAGGCUCUCCGUCGCCCGUCCACCUAACUCCUUGCUCUCCAAGUCCACCGCUUCUUCUCCGUCGUCUGCUUCUCCCUCGCGCGCCAGUUCGUCUCCGCGGGAGCGUUCCGUUCCUUUUUUUUCUUUGUCGGCUGCGCGCCGUUCCUUUUGGUUUGCAGGCUUCAGUACGCCUCAGGCCGGACAGAAGAAGUCGCGAGCCAUCGGUGUCGCUUUCCUCACCGUCGUCUUCACCAUGCCUUCGCUCUGCGUCUACUUCGGCUGCACUCCUGCUCUGCUCAACUGGUGGAUGCAGACGUACAGACUCAUCGAGUACCCUCCGCAGGCAGAUCCCCGCAUCAUUCCUGCCAUCUUGGGCGACAGAGAACCUCCCGCAAGAAGCGAAGACUCCGAGAGAAACACGAACCGAUAA